AUGUUUUUCCUCCUGGAGAAGGUUACCGUUGAUGAACAAACACGCGUCCAGGCCGCCCUCGCAAACUGCUGCUCUGUGGGCUGCCAGGCGCUGCGUGAAGUCUUCCCGUUUGAAGACCGCUCGGGCCAGUUAAUUGUUUACGGCCAGGGGUCUGGCCUGGACUGUAGGCACCAUGUCCAGAAAUUAAACUUGCUGCAGGGCGAGGCAGAGGAAGCAAUUGGUUGGACAUCUCGGCACCUAGAAGAAUCUGUAAAUGACAACAAAAAUAUAGCAGCCCAACAUGAAGACAGUUUGGUCCAGCAGGAGGAAAGGGCAGAAGUCAGUCGCUGGAGUAAAUAUCUGGACAAGGACAGUGAGUAUCAGGAAGAUGGGGAGGAGGAGGCAGGUACAGAAAGACAACAGUUCUGUUCCCAGAGGAAGAACACUGUGGAAGAACAAAGGAAACACCGGAAGAGCUUCCUCUCCAGUGAUGUUCAGGAGUAUGCAGAAGAAAAUGGAGUUUUCCAGCUUGCCUACCGAGCCAAAAAGCGUAAGAAAUGUUUAGUAGCAGUGCCUGAUGAAGAUGAUGGAGAUGCUGUUUCUGGAGACAGUAUGGUUCCUGCUGUCUGUGAGUCUGUAGUGCCUGAGGAGAAUACACAAACCCCAACUGCUUGCACCAAACCCUCAAAGUGGGAAAAAUUUCUUUCAUGUUCUGACAGCUAUAGCAAAAACGCUGCCACGGUCACCUUGUCACCACAGGAGGGCAGUGGAAGGUUGGGGCUACACAGCACCACUGCGCCUGAUACCACGGUGCCCAGCACCAGUUGCUCAGUUGAGGAGGAUGUGUUGUUCAAAGAACCACAAAGCCAAUUGAUAAGGGCAGGAUCUGUUGUCUUAGAGACCACUGCAGGAAGGUGCUGUUUAAACAGCACAAGGAGGGCAAACACCCUUGUUAACUCUAACACUGGGCCAAAGCCUAGGAGUCUUUCUUGUGAACACCUCUUCUGCACAGGUGAGGAGUUUGAUGAUGAUCUCUGAGAAGUUCAGGCAUCUUUGGCAUUGCUUUCUUGUUUGUAUCUAGAAUGCAUGUGGCAUGUUGAGUUCUGAGGCAAGAUUUUGACCUGAAGAUGGCUUUACUUUAAGCCUUACAGAACUGCACUA